AUGGAGUUCCUUUUAGAAAACCUCAGAAAGCAUGUUACAUGUUCAAUUUGUUUAAAUACGCUUGACGAACCCAAGACGAUAGCCUGCUUGCACACAUUCUGCUGCGACUGUUUAAAGGAACACGCUCAAAGAAGCCAACAACAUGGACAAUUUCGGUGCCCCGAGUGUCAGGCAAAAAUUGUUGUCCCUAAAAACAAUGGUUUCGAUAAACUGCCUACAGGCUUUCUACAGAAUGAUUGGCUCGAUCUUCUUGCUGCACAACGGUGCUGUGAUGGAAGUGAUGAUAUUACUUGUGCCAACUGUGCCAUUAAAAGCACAGAGGCAAGUUUCUGUUUUAACUGUGGAAAAUUUCUCUGCCCUGAUUGUGUACAUGCGCAUGAAAUUCUACGCAAUGUGGCUUUUAAAGAACAUAAACUUAAAUUGGUGAAGCAGUUUAAAAGGGAAGACUACGACUCUCUGUUAAAGCGGCCCUCCUUCUGUUCUCAGGAUUGCCACGAACAAGAGAUAACAAGGUUUUUUUGCGAUGAAUGCCAGACUUGUGUUUGUCAGUUAUGCAUUGGUACAGGUCACGAGAAUCAUACUAUAAAUGCGCUUGACAAGGCAGCCAGUAGCGAUAAAGCUAACAUCAUGGCGGAAGUUGAGUUAAUGAAAGAAAAAAGGAAAUUUUGUAGUGACAUAAUUCGUCACUUUGAGCAGACAGUUUUUAGUCUGGAAACUGAGAUUAUAAAUGCCAAACGUGAAGUCUCCCAAACAGCAGAACAAAUGAUCGCGAGAAUUCAACGACAAGAACGCGAGAUUAUUUCCGCACUUGAGAACACUCGUGCGUCAAGAAUGGAGGAAUUAAACUCCGCAAAGGUACAAGUGAAGUCCCUGCUUAAACAAGUCGAUCAAGCUGUUGAAUUUGCCAAUAACUUGAUUCAAAGAAGCUCAAGCUCAAGUAUUGUGCAAAGCUACAAGAUCCUCAAACAUCGGUUUGAAUAUCUUAACCAAACCCCUGUUCCUUCACUUCCGGUUUGUUCCUCCGUUAAGUUUGUCAAAACUUGUGACCCAAGGAAAUUUACCCUCGGUUUUACGACAACUAUUGGCGCAACCGUUCAGGGGAUAAGUCAAGAUUUCCAAGCAGGUGUAGAGGCAAAGUUGAUCUUAUGCCCAAAAUUAAAGGGUGAGGUGCAAAAGAAAAAUAUCCGUGCAAAGGUCGCUGUGGAGCCUAGUGACAAGGUACGAAGUACGACUACUCGCCAGCAAGAUGAUGGGAAUUUCUUGGUGAAGUUCACGUCUAAAGAAGCUGGUGCAUACAACGUUAAAGUGACUUUAAAAAGUAGACACAAUUAUCACGAGAACUGUUUCACUAUCCGAGUGAAGGAACGAGAGGUCGAAGAAGUGAGUGAGUUGGAUCUACAAGAACGCGAUGGGAAUCCAGUUCCGCAUGGAAUCGCCGUGAACGAAAAUGGUUUGAUCGCUGUAUCUGACUGUAAAAGGCACUGUAUUCUGGUAUUUGAUAACGAUGGAAAUUUUCGUCGAAAGAUGAGCGGAAAAGGGAAGGAGCCAGGGAAGCUAAACUAUCCAACGGGUCUGGCGUAUCUCAAUUACGAUGAACUUUUAGUGGCAGAUUUCCUGAAUCACCGCAUUCAGCAGUUUAAUGUACAAACAGGAAAGUUUGUGAAGACCUUUGGAAAAGACAACCUUCAGAAUCCAGUGAGCCUUUGUAUCGAUAGCCAGGGACGCGUUGCUGUAGCAGACUGCGUCGAAAACAAAAUCCAGGUGUUCACAAAGGAUGGUGCUCCAGUAUUUAGCUUUGGUUCAACAAGCCUUGACCAUCCAACCGGUUGUAUUUUCCACCAAAACAUGUUCAUAGUAUCUGAUACGUACAACGACUGUUUAAAAAUCUUUAACUGCUCAGGGAUUCUCCUCUACAAGAUUGGAGUAAAAGGAAAAGAUGAUGGGCAAUUAAUGCGUCCUCAAGGUCUGUGCAUUGAGAAAUGCGUUGAUCACAAAAACAUCCUUGUUUGUGAUAGUGGCAAUGGUCGCAUUGCCAAGUUUUCAACGGAAGGUUAUUUUGUACGUAAAACUGUUACUAAGUUUCAAGAUCCCAUUGCAAUAGCCACAACACCUGAUAACCGUGUUUUAGUGUCCGAUUUUCAGGCACAAAAGAUGUAUAUCCUGCAAGGCGAAGAAUGUUAA